UGGACUCGUGGGAGAAAAUGCAACUUUGACUUGAAGUCAGCCUUGUUUCGUGGUCGCUUCGGAACCUGUUUCUGAAUCAUCAACAAAUACCCACUAUACUCACACUUCUCACACUUCACAAUGCCCGGACGCACAAAGAAGCAGGAGGAUCCCGUGGAGGACACCAACAUGGAAGACGCACCGCCAUCCGCCCAGGUGGAGGAUGUUAACGAUGAGGAUGUUGAGGAGGAAGAAGAGGAAGAGGAAGAGGAAAUUGAGCCUCAGCGUGUGAAAAUUCUUCCCGGCUCAACAGAUACUGCUGCCUCGUUUGAGUUCAUCGACGAGGGUCACACUCUCGGAAACGCCCUGAGAUAUAUUGUCAUGAAGAACCCCGAUGUUGAGUUUUGCGCAUACUCUAUCCCUCACCCCUCUGAGCCCAAGAUGAACAUCAGAAUCCAGACAUACAAGGGGACCGCUUUCGAUGCCCUUAAGAAGGGCCUGAGCGACCUCCAAGAUGUGUGUGAUGUGGUUGCAGAUGAGUUCUGGACGAAGAGAGAGGCAUACAAUGGCGAGCACGGAAUUGACCGGUAAAGUCUGAACGGGUUUGGAUGGAAACCAUGGAGACUUGGACGGGGUGCAUUCCUAAAUAAAAAUCACGUCGAGGCGUGUGGGACUUUUGAGG